CCUCCCGGCUCGGCGUUGCCCAACCUGGCGCUCGCCUUCCAGAUGUGCGCCCGGCCCUUCAGCCACAGCCUCCGGGGAGGAGCGGCCUCCACUCCACCGAAGAUGUGCCGAGCGAGCGCCACGCCCGGGCCUCGCUGGCUGGCCGGACGGUCGGACGGCCUCUUUUGCCUCAAUGAACCGCCAGGCCGGGGUAUAAAUAGCGCGGGGAGGAGGCGGAGGCGGCGGCGGCGACGUCACCUCCAGAGGAGCUGAGCUGCCCGCGGGAAGGAGGAGGAGGAGGAGGAGGAGAGGCUGCCGGCCGGCCGGUUGGUGAGCGAGCCAGCGAGCGAGCGAGCGGGCGCCUCGGCGGCGGCUGCAGCUACAAGAAGGAGCGGCCGGACUCCGCGCCAUGCAGCCUGGCCGGCGGCAGAGCUGACGGCUGCCUCCGCGCCCCGCCGCCCGGUUGCGAGGCUCGCUCGGGGCCGAUGUUCUGUUGAACGGCAGCCAGACAUGUAGCGCUGGAGGCUGGGGGCCUCGACCGAGGUGGGCGGGCAGGCAGGCUAGGGCCGCUCGGCAAAAGACGAAAGCAAGGAGACGCUGCGGAUCUGGCUCAUUUGCUCGCCCGGAGCCAGAACUCGGUUCUCCGUGUGUGUGUGUGCCCCUUUGGUGAACUCCAGGCGGGAAGAUGAACUUAUUUUAAGUCCUAUUUCCUCCUCUGCGAUAACAGAAUUCAGCCCCUGGUAGAUGGAUAUUGACAUGGACUACGAAAGACCAAAUGUUGAAACCAUCAAAUGCGUGGUUGUCGGGGAUAAUGCGGUGGGCAAAACUCGUCUGAUCUGUGCAAGAGCCUGCAACACGACCCUGAACCAGUACCAACUGUUGGCGACCCACGUCCCAACGGUCUGGGCAAUUGACCAGUAUCGGGUCUGUCAAGAGGUUCUUGAACGAUCUCGUGAUGUAGUUGACGAAGUGAGUGUUUCGCUCAGGCUGUGGGACACCUUUGGAGACCACCACAAAGACCGACGUUUUGCUUACGGAAGAUCUGACGUGGUGGUGUUGUGCUUCUCCAUUGCUAACCCUAACUCCCUGAAUCAUGUGAAGACAAUGUGGUGUCAAGAGAUCAAGCACUUCUGCCCUCGGACUCCUGUGAUUCUGGUGGGCUGCCAACUGGACCUUCGCUAUGCCGAUCUGGAAGCUGUCAAUCGAGCCAGGAGGCCAUUGGCAAGGCCUAUCAAGAGGGGAGACAUCUUGCCACCAGAAAGAGGCAGGGAAGUUGCUAAAGAGCUUGGGAUACCCUAUUAUGAAACCAGCGUCUUUGACCAGUUUGGCAUCAAGGAUGUGUUUGAUAAUGCAAUCCGAGCAGCCCUGAUUUCCAGGAGACAUUUGCAGUUCUGGAAAUCCCAUCUGAAGAAAGUCCAGAAACCUUUGCUCCAAGCUCCAUUUCUACCCCCAAAGGCUCCUCCCCCUGUUAUAAAAAUCCCAGAGUGUCCCCUCCUCAAGAUCAACGACGUGGGAUACUUACUGGACAAUCCCUUGUGUGCAGACGUGCUGUUUAUUCUUCAGGAACAGACUCAGAUUUUUGCUCACAAGAUCUACUUAGCUACCUCUUCGUCCAAGUUUUAUGACCUUUUCUUAAUGGAAUGUGAAGAAACACCCGACUUGAUUGAAAGCUUUUGUAGUAAAGGUAGCAAUCUCCCCACCAGAACCUGCAGCCUUGAAGCAGUUGAUCAGGGAGCUGAAGGGUCAGUUGCAACACCUUCUGCUUCGACCGAGGGCUUCCAGGUGGAGCCUGAAGCAGGAGAAGCCACCUGCCCAAAACAGGGUCCAACGCCCUGGGGCAAAGGUUUCAUAAGCCUACAUCAAGAGAUGCAGAUUAACCCCAUUUCGAAGAGGGUCUGUGCAGUGACGGUGGUCAAAAUGGAGGCUUCCAUCCAACCGGGACCUUUUAAAACCGUCCUGCAGUUUUUAUACACCGGGCAGCUGGACGAAAACGAAAGGGACCUCACCCAGGUAGCUCAAAUUGCUGAGAUCCUGGAAGUGUUUGACUUGCGGAUGAUGGUAGAAAACAUAACCAACAAGGAAGCCUUCAUGAACCAGGAAAUUACAAAGGCUUUCCACGUCCGGAAGGCUAACAGAAUAAAAGAAUGCCUCUGUAAGGAGACGUUUUCUGAUGUGGUAUUCGUGUUGGAAGACGGAAAGAUAAAUGCUCAUAAACCACUUCUAAUCUGUAGCUGUGAAUGGAUGUCUGCAAUGUUUGGAGGAUCCUUUGUGGAAAGCUCAAACAGCGAGGUUGUUCUCCCCAACAUCACUAAGACUUCCAUGCAAGCCGUCCUGGAUUACCUGUACACCAAGCAACUGUCCUGCAGCCAGGAUCUGGACCCCCUUGAAUUAAUUGCCCUGGCCAACCGAUUCUGCCUGCCCCACUUGGCUGCGCUGGCAGAGCAACACACGGUGCAGGCACUCACCAGAACAGCCGCGAGCGGUGUUUGCAUAGAUGGAGAAGUGUUGUGUGUUUUGGAAAUAGCCCAGUUCCACAACGCUAAGCAGCUGGCCGCUUGGUGCUUGCAUUACAUCUGCACUAACUAUAACAGUGUUUGUUCGAAGUUCCGAAGGGAAAUUAAAAUGAAGUCUCCUGAUAAUCAGGAAUAUUUUGAGAAGCACCGCUGGCCUCCCAUUUGGUACCUAAAGGAAGAAGAUCAUUUCCAGCGGGUUAAGAAGGAGCGAGAGAAGGAAGAACUGGCCCUCAAUAAACAUCAUUCAAAAAGGAGGUGGUGCUUCUGGAGUACCUCAACUGUAGUUGCCUGAAUUGAGAGAAAGCCAACCCAUCUUGGCUCAGCUGGGAAAAAAAAUUAGCUCUGGCGUUGCUCCUGGGCGCACAGCUGGCUCGGUGGGACCCGCAAAGACUUUUCUCUCCUUCGUUUCAAUGGGUCUCUCCCCAGACCAAGGGCUUAGCAGAUUGGGCAAAAGAGACCCGGAGGCACCACUUGUAGUCCAGCUGAAUUCAGGGAUCACCAAAGGUUAGGAAGCACAAGCUCACCUCAGUAGUGUGAAUCUCUUUCUUAGACCCCCCCAACUCUGCCAUUUUCAUAAGCUGAAAUUGGCACUUCCCCCCCUUUUAUAUUUCAAUAACAAGAAAUUCAACAUCAGUGUUUUGAUCUCUGACGUGAACCUAUUUUUAUACUUGUGAAUGAGCAUUUCUGUGUGGAGUUUGUAGGAGAAGGUCUUUAAAUAAUAUGUCUGCAACAUUCUCUCUCUCUCUCUCUCUCUCUCUCUCUCUCUCUCUCUCUCUCUCUCUCAGAUUGCAAAAUUAGCCUUUAAAUCAUCUCCGUUUCUUUUCACCACCCCUUCGGUCACCUAUAGUGCUGAAAACAAAACAAUGGCUUUAAAAUCUCCCUGAAAUUGAUAACCUAGCAACAUGUCCGCUAGAUGAAGAACAUUUUUCCUUCCCCAAGGACUGCAUUUGUAAUAAUUAAAUCCUUCUUUUUUUGUCUGAAAAAAAACCCGAGAUCCUAUUAACAACUGAUGUCAUUAGGGUUGUAAUUGUCAAUCAGCCAAAGAACACAAAGUGUACAAUUUUUUUUUUCAGUUAUGUUGAAUAUUUGCCCUGUUAGGGCAGGAUGCAACUGCCAUGUGUAAACUCUCUCCUUUUUUUAUCUAGUUCAGAAGUGAAAUGAAGGAAAAUAUCUUUUUUCUGUUUCAAAGCCAAAGGCAGGAACACUCUUUGCUAAUCUGAGUGUUUUUUUUCAGAACUGGCCUUUCUUUGGAAAAAAAAAAAAAA